GAGGCAGAGCACAAGUCCUUAUUUAGAAAGCGUGUCCGGUGCGUCACGCUGACUCCCAGCUCUGCGCAGCCACAACUUUGUCAAGUGCGGCGGAUUCAUUUAAUCACCACACACAAAUGGAAUAAAGACGACAAUGAAGUUCAUCUGGGGGAAUUUCUUCUUCACCGUAAUAGUCAUUACUGACAGAAUCUGGCACUCACAGUCCUUCAACGUCGGCACUGUAGGUGCCAAGAUAUUCAUCGGACCAGCUGCGGAAGAGUUUGGCUACGCAAUCCAUCAAGCGAUGAACCACGAAGGCAAAUGGCUCCUAGUUGGUGCCCCAUGGAGUGGUUUCAGUGGAAACAGGAAAGGGGAUGUUUACAAGUGUACAAUCUCAGGGUCCAGAAACAGCUGUGACAAGCUCAAUCUUCAAGAUUCUGUUAGUAUUCCAGAUGUCAAAAACAUCUACGACAACAUGUGCCUGGGAAUGACUCUUACCCGGAUGCCUGUCAAUGAAAUGAUGACGUGCGGCCCUCUUUGGGGACAGCACUGUGGCAAUCAGGACUUCUACCCAGGAGUAUGUGUAAAAAUGAGCCCCCUGUUUCAACUUCAACCUGCCUUCUCUCCUGCUGUCCAGACAUGUGGAGGGCCUAUGGACAUCGUGAUUGUUUUGGACGGCUCCAACAGCAUUUAUCCUUGGGCUCCAAUGAACUUGUUUCUACAGAAAUUAAUACCUGCUCUCGAUAUCGGGACCAAAAGCACACAGGUCAGCGUCAUUCAGUACGCCGUCAAACCCAAGUUUGAAUUCCAAUUGAACCAGUAUAAAACCAAAGAUGAGAUGCUAGCUGCAACGUCCCGAAUCACUCAAAUGUACGGGCAGUCUACGAAUACCUUCCAUGCGAUCCAAUACGCCAGUUUGUGGGGUUUCCAUCGGAUUAACGGCGGUCGACCAGGCGCUGCCAAGGUGAUGGUGGUCGUCACUGAUGGGGAGUCUCACGACGAGGCUAUCAGUGAUUCAGUCAUUGCCGACUGUGAGGCACUAGGCAUCACCCGCUUCGGUAUCGCUGUCCUGGGUUAUUACAUCCGAAACAACAUCAACACAGACAACCUGAUAAAAGAAAUCAAAUCCAUUGCCAGUGCACCCACAGAGAAGUACUUCUUCAAUGUGUCGGAAGAGGCAGCCCUCUCCACCAUCGCUGGAGCAUUGGGGAACCGCAUCUUCAACAUAGAAGGCACUGGAAAAUGGGGCGACAACUUCAAGAUGGAGAUGUCCCAGGUCGGAUUCAGCGCUCACUACUCCAGUCUGCAGAAAGUGAUGAUGCUCGGAGCAGUGGGAGCCUACGCUUGGAGCGGGACUGUCGUCCAUCAAACAGCGUCAAGAAUUCACAUUCUCCCUUUCUCAGCCUUUGAGGGAAUACUUCAAGACAGAAACCACAGUUCAUUGCUGGGUUAUGCUGUCACCACAGUGAGGGACGGGACUACAGAAUACUUUGUGGCUGGUGCACCUCGCUCCAACCACUCUGGACAAGUUAUCGUCUACACCGUCAACGCUCUGAAGCAAACUGCUAUCAUAGACUCAGAGAGAGGGAAACAGAUUGGGUCAUACUUUGGAAGUGUCCUGUGCCCCCUGGACGUGAACAGAGACUGGGUGACGGACCUCCUGCUGGUUGCUGCGCCAAUGUUCAUGAACGAUCUUAAAAGAGAGGAAGGCAGGGUGUACCUCUUCUCUGUCACCAAGGGUAUACUGAACGAGCAGGGAUUCCUCAGCGGUCCGCCCCCGACGGAGAAUGCACGUUUUGGGAUGGCCAUCUCUGCCAUUCCUGACCUGAACCUCGACGGUUACAAUGACGUUGUAGUUGGAGCCCCACUGGAAGACAAAGGAAAAGGUGCCAUCUACAUCUACAACGGGGACAAGAACACAUUAAUCAAACAGUUCUCACAGAAAAUCCUUGGCUCCAAACUGGAUCCUCAGUUGCAGUAUUUUGGACGGUCCCUGGAUUGCGCCAAAGAUCUGAAUGGUGAUACAAUCCCUGACAUCGCUAUCGGUGCAUAUGGCAAAGUGGUGCAGCUCUGGUCCAGAGGUGUGGCGUCUGUUACAGCUAAAGCUUCUUUCAACCCCAAUAAAAUCAACAUUUUCAGCAAACCCUGUGACAUUAAUGGACGCAAGCUUACAUGUUUCAACACCAACCUCUGUUUCACUGCUGCAUUCAGGCCUAAGAACCCGGUUGGACCCAUUGAUAUAUCCUACACUUUGACUCUGGACGCUGACUUGCAGGCUUCACGAGUGACGUCAAGAGGAAUGUUCAGUAAAAACAAUGAACGCUACCUCACAGAACAGGCAAAAAUAUCAUCUGCGCCCCUGUGUCGAGACUACCAGGUUUAUGUUCAGGAGGCUCCAGACUUUGUCAGUUCCCUCAGUCUGAAAGUAGAAAUCGAGCAGCAGAAUGCAGAUGUGAACCCUGUCCUUAAUAUACUUUCUCCAAGUGCCUGGGAGUUCUUUGUCCCCUUCACAAAAGACUGCGGCUCUGACGACGUGUGUGUCAGUGAUCUGGUGCUGAGUGUGAAGACAGACAAAAAGGCCUCCAGCUCAGCUCCCGUUCUGGUCAGCGCUAAUGACCGAGAACUUUCAUUUGAUGUCGUCGUGAAGAACAAAAAGGAGAAUGCGUACAACACUCAGGUCUUGGUGACGUUCUCCAGCAACCUCUACUACUCCUCCACUGAUGGAGUCAAAUGCGCCUCAACACAAACACAAACCGUCACCUGCCAAGUGGGAUACCCAGCAUUAAAAAAAGACCAAGAGGUGAAGUUCCAGAUGAAUUUUGAAUACAAUGUUGACCAGUUGCAAAACCGAGCCGAGGUGAAAUUUGAGGCCAAGAGUGACGGUAAAGAGGACAGACCUGCAGACAACAAGGUGGACAUAUCCAUUCCUGUUCGAUACGAUGCAGGGAUUGUUAUAUCCUGGCAGUCAAAUAUCAAUUUCUACGUGGCAGAUGCUGCCGUUCCUGUGGUAACAACGGUGAAAAGUCUAGAUGACAUCGGCCCAGAGUUUAACUUUACAGUGAAGGUUUCAACAAGUAACUUCCCGGUCAGCCUCCUGCAUCUGAACAUCGCUCUGCCAGUGACCACUGAAGGUGGAAAUCAGCUCCUCUAUGUUACCAGUGUGGACACACAAAGCGGAGGGGCGUUCAGCUGUGACUCCAGCGGCCUGGUUGAUCCUCUGAAGAUCGGAGUGAAGAGCCACACAGCGUCUUUCUCUGAGGAGAGCCUCAGAGGCAUGGAGAAACUGGAUUGCAAGACUGCAAAAUGCGAGAUUAUAAAGUGCAUCCUCAAGGACACCGAAAUGAAAAGCGACUACUUUGUGAAAGUUAAAACAAGGAUCUGGAGCGGCACAUUUAUUUCGGCCACCUAUCAGACCGUCGAGCUGACCUCCAGUGUUAAUGCCGAGACCGCCAACCCUGAUCUGCUCAUUAUCCGCCUCAAACAGCUCCCAGUGGAGCUGACGAUCAGUAAACCUGGAGAGAAAGGUGAGGUUCCAGUGGGAGUGAUAGUUGGCAGCGUCGUUGCCGGACUGCUGCUGUUGGCUCUGGCCGUCGGACUGCUGUGGAAGUUUGGGUUUUUCAAAAGAAAGUACCAGCAGCUUCAGAGGGAGGACGAUGAAGACACGCAGAGCCGCGCACAUGUCGACGAAGUGCUGUGAACUAAAGAGGAAACCUGCAGCCUUCUCUCGUCACUGGAUCGUUGUUUCUAGUGUGGAUACUGGUACUUGUCACUGGGUCUUGUAAAGUGCAAAUGGACUACAGCUCGAUCACUGGAAGUCGGACAUUUGAAAGAAACGGAAGCUGUUUAUUUUGUGGAUGAAUGAGAUUCGAUCCAUUUUACAGAGGAUUCUUGUUAUUACUUGUUGCUGUUAUGCACUGACUUUAAAUAAAUGUAAAAACGGUAUUAUUUUUAUCUCCCAAAAUGAGAGAAUCCUAUGCAAUACUUUUAUUAAGUCUUAGAUGACAUUAUGGAUUUGGACUUUAACACCUUAUAGGCAUCUAAUGUUCGCAUUGCAUUUUGUUUUGACAGCUUCUUGGCAAUUUGAUCGAGAAAAAUAACAGUUUCAAUUCGGAAAAUCUUAUCUUGAAUUUUGCUCAUUUGUCUAAACAUUGACCUUUUUCUCACACACGCUGUCGCCAGUCAGUCUGUAGCACAAACUGCUUUGAGAUCCACCGUCACCUCUCAGGGCUUUUAUUGCAUUACAAUUAUUGAUAUCAUUAGUUUGUAUGCAAACGGGAAACGAUAGCUGUCCUGGUCAUUACUCUGUUGCAUUGUGUUUGUACUGUAAGAUACAAUUAUGAUCUUUCAUAUUGGGUUUUGGGUCCAUGGAGUAGCUACUUUGUGUUGUUAUUUCUGAUAUUUGUGUUAUUGAUGAUAUUUUGUUGUUUUUUACUAUUUGUGGCACAACUUGUAAGGUAUGAAUAUUUUAUUAGCAUAUAAUGUUUUCAUAAUCUGCUGAUUGUUUCUUGAUUAAUCGAUUAAUGGUUUUGCAUAUUACAUUUCAGAAAAUACUUUUUUGAAGAAAGAUCUUUCCUGGUUCUAGGGGGAAGUUUUCAAAUUGGUUGUUGUGUGCAAAUUACACCCUAACCCUAAACCCACAUUACUAUCAUAUAUAAGAUUUUUUUAUUUUUUUUAAGCAGUUUGAACCAGAAAUCUUUUGCCAUUUUUUGCUCGAACCAUUAAAUCGAUUAUUAAAAUAGUUGCAAAUAUUUUUUCCUAUUGACCAACUGAUUGAUUUCUUGACUAAAUGCACUGUUCACAACAGAGGGCAAGCGUCAUACUCUGAGAUGGUGCAUGGCACCCAACAGGUUAAUUUACUCUUUAAAAAAGAAAAGAAACCUUGACCUUGGUUUCUCACUUACAGUGGGAGCUCUGAUCACAGCUGAUCCUGCAGGAUCUAGAUGUGUAUUGGCACAGCUUUGCCACAAGAUGGCAGCAUGAUAUAAAUGACAUGUUGGCACUGGUCAGUAUUUUCUCACCGCUCUGUUGAUGACUUGAUCACUUAAUACCCUGUCAAUUAAUACAUCAUAAUUUAUGACCUAU